UUAGUGCAGUAGUUCGGCGGGUCGGUACUUGGGCUCGGUGCCAGCUGAUCCCCGGGGCCCUGACCCGUCUCCUUAUCUGGCGAAUCCGGGGCGAUAUCGGGCUCACAUCGCUCCUAUCCCUGUGCGACCCGCCGCGGCCCCCCGGCUAUUUACUGGCACUGACGCUGCUUCUGAUCCGGGACCUUCCGGCAAGUGCCGCGCCCAGUUGCAGCCUCAGUGCGACAGCGUCGGGAUCCGGCAGCGCUAAGUAAUUGAGACAACAUGGAUUCCUGCUGUGGCCUUAUCAUCUCCUGCUCCAAGGUCCCCGUGCCGCUCCGUGGGAUCUCGGUGGAGGUGCAGGUAAAAGGCUUCGUGGCUGAUGUAUGUGCCACACUGAGGUACAAGAACACGGAGGAGAAGCCCAUAGAAGCCAUCUUUGUGUUCCCUCUGGAUCAGGACUCUGCCGUGUACAGCUUUGAGGCCACGGUGGAAGGGAAGACGAUAGUGGCAGAGCUACAGGAGAGGGAGCAGGCCCACAAAACCUAUGAUGAGGCCAUUAGCCAAGGCCAGGAAGCUUUUCUGCUGGAGGAGGAUAAGAGCUCUGGUGACAUUUUCAGCUGCAGCGUUGGGAACCUUCCCCCUGGGCAGGAGGCUGAGGUGAAACUGAGCUUCGUGCGGGAGCUGCCAGUGGAGUCAGAUGGUGCUGUGCGCUUUGUGCUUCCAACUGUCCUGAACCCCAGAUACACCCCAAAAGAUCACGACAUGAGCGUAACGGCUGCCAUCCCACGAUUGCCCGCUGAUAAGAUCCCCUACAGCCUUGCUCUGAACGCUCACUUCCAGUCCGUCUAUGGAAUCUCCAAGAUUGAGUCCAACUGUCAGCUCGAGCCGAUCCAGUACACUGAUGGGGACAAACUGUCGGCCAAGGUGUCCCUGGCGCAAGGGCACAAGUUUGAUAAAGAUGUGGAGCUGUUGGCCUAUUACCUGCAAGCAAACACCCCCAGCGCCAUGGUGGAGGCGGGGCUUCCUGAUGCUGUGGAAGGUUCUAUCAUGGCCGACCCAGUGGUGAUGCUGAACUUCUACCCCAACAUUCCAGAGACAAAGGAGAAGGCGAACUCCGGGGAGUUUAUUUUCCUGAUGGACAGGUCUGGGAGUAUGAUGGACAACAUGAGUUCCGAGCAGAACGCCCCGCGCCGUAUCGACAGCGCCAAGGAGACCCUGAUCUUACUGCUCAAGAGCCUCCCCCUCGGCUGUUACUUCAAUAUCUUCAGCUUUGGCUCCGAAUUCUCUUCCAUUUUCUCGGAGAGUACGGCCUACACCCAGGAGUCCAUGGCGGAAGCUGUGAAGCUGGUGAAUCAGAUGGAUGCCGAUAUGGGAGGAACCGAAAUCCUAGAACCAUUGAAAAGGAUCUACAAAACGGCUGGAAGGCCCGCUCACCCCAGACAGUUGUUUGUUUUCACCGAUGGAGAAGUCGGGAACACAAAGUUCGUUAUAGAUGAAGUAAGAAGGAACGCCCAUAAUCACCGGUGUUUUACAUUUGGUAUUGGGGACGGGGCCUCCACGGCCCUCAUUAAGGGCUUGGCCAGGGCGGCCAGUGGCACCUUUGAGUUUAUCACUGGGAAGGAGAGGAUGCAGCCCAAGGUUCUUCAGACCCUGAAAUGUUCCCUGCAGCCCAUGGUGAAGGACAUCACCCUGACAUGGAUUCUGCCUCCUGGGGUGGAGGCCAAACUGCUGUCUGGGACUCCCACUGCCAUAUUCCAAGGCCAGAAAUCCAUUGUGUAUGCCCAGCUAAAGGGCAAGGUGGAGCAGGGAACAGAAGGGCAAGUCAGCCUGGCAUACAGCUUUAAAGAUGAAAUGGUCGCCAACGUACUGCGCUUCACCCUGAAGCUCACACAAUCGGAGAGGCCCACCAUGCACAGACUAGCGGCCAAGGUGGUCAUCUCUAACCUGAUUGGUGGGGAAAACCUAGAGGAGAAAUCGGAGGAAGUGCAGAAACAGAUUGUGGAGACCAGUGUCCAAUCCGGGGUCAUCUCCCCCCUCACGGCCUAUGUAGCUGUCAAUAAGGAAACCAAGAACCCAGUGAAAGGCCCCCCGGUCCAGAGGUCCAUCCCACUCUAUGGUGCACCAGUGGCAAUGGCUUGCUGUAUGCCAAUGCCAAGAAUGAUGCCAGGUGGGCCACCAAGAGCGCUUGCUUGCAGUAUGGCGGCACCAGGGGGGUAUAAACCCCAAAUUGCUGUUUGUCAUUUCCCUGCACCCACUCCUAUGCCAGCCAUGCCACUCUUGCCCACUCCUGAGCUCGCUGACCCCACAUCUGGUCCGGCAGAGGGGUUGUCUGAACCAGAAAUAGCGGUUUGUUAUUGGUCAGACUCCGCUACUGUGAGCGACGGCGCCACAUCUGCUCCCGCCGAGGGGUCGCCUGAACCAAAAGUAGAAGUUUGUUAUUGGCCAGACCCCGCUUCUGUGAGUGACGGCGCCACAUCUGCUCCCGCCGAGGGGUCGCCUGAACCAGAAAUAGCGGUUUGUUAUUGGCCAGACCCCGCCCAUACACAGGGAGGGUCGCCUGAACCAAAAGUAGAAGUUUGUUAUUGGCCAGACCCCGCUUCUGUGAGCGACGGCGCCACAUCUGCUCCCGCCGAGGCCAAAGCAGAACGGGCUCUGUUCCAGCUCAUCUCCCUGCAGAACGCAGACGGGUCCUGGAACCUCAACUCGGAAUUGGCUUCCGUCUUUGAAAUGUCCGAAGAGGCUCUGAAAGAGAAAAUCCCGGAUCCGAGCGUGGAUGCCUCACUGUGGGCCACUGUUCUGGCCGUGAUGUGGCUGCACGCCGCCCGCCCCCAGCAGAGAGACGAGUGGGAGUUGCUGGAGGACAAAGCUCUGGAUUGGAUUAAGGCAAAAGCAGCCCCUUCCUUGAGUGAGUGCGUCCGGGCCGGAAAUCAGCUGCUGAACUGCUCCGUGGGCAGCGAAGUGUUUGGCCUGUGAGAAGAAGAGGCCAAUGGAAACCGGAAUCUAAACUGGGAAAUACGUCUCUGUGUCAUUGGUACAGUUAAAGGGGAAGCUCAUCUGAACAUUAAAAAAAAAAUGUAGGUGGUAGAACGUUACAUAAGGUUUAGUUUGUCUGCUCUGUACUGAGAAUUAAUAGGGUGAACUUGACCUUUUUAUAGCUGCUUAUUAUCUGCUGCACUAUAGUGGGGGGAACUGGAGACAAUAUUAAUAACUACUACUGGUUUUAGUGGGGGGUUCUGGUACCCUGGGCCCCUACCUCUUCCUUCUGAACACCCCCAAACCUGAGAAACGGGGUUACUAACAGCCGCACCAAAGAUUUUUCAUUUUCACUAAAAUAAAAGGAAAGAAAAAAAAGAA